ACUAUUCAGUGAAUACUAUAAACGUGUUUAUACGAGUCGAGACAAUUCAUUAUUUUGAUACAAAGCGUGAUAGAGCGCACUGCCAUCACUAAAAGUUCUUUUCUGUAUAUUGAAUUGAUUGAAGAAGUAGGAAGCCGGUUGUUGAAGCACCGUUAAAAUGGCUCCAAAACGUAAUAAUAUGAUUCCAAAUGGACAUUUCCAUAAAGAUUGGCAACGAUUUGUGAAAACUUGGUUUAAUCAACCAGCUAGAAAAUUCCGUAGAAAACAAAAUCGUGUUAAGAAAGCGCGUGCAAUUGCACCACGUCCAGCUGCUGGUCCAUUACGUCCUGUUGUACGUUGUCCAACAUUUAGAUAUCACACCAAAGUACGAGCAGGUCGCGGUUUCACAUUAGAUGAAAUUAAAGCAGCUGGUUUAAAUGCUGCAUUUGCAAGAACCGUUGGUAUCGCUGUUGAUUAUCGUAGACGAAACAAAUCAGUUGAAUCACUUCAACAAAAUGUUCAACGAUUAAAAGAAUACAGAAGUAAAUUAAUCUUGUUCCCAUUGAACAACAAGAAAGUCCGUAAAGGUGAAGCAACUGAAGAGGAACGCAAAUUAGCCACACAAUUGAAGACUAAAGUAAUGCCAAUCAGACAACCAGCUGCUAAAUUGAAGACACAAGUUCUUACAAAGGACGCCAAGAAAUUCAGUGCAUUCAAUUUCUUACGCAAGGCACGUGCUGAUGCUAAAUUAGUUGGUAUUCGAGCUAAACGAGCUAAGGACGCAGCAGAAAACACUGAAGACCUUAAAAUUACAAAAGAUGCGAAGAAAGCAAAAGCAAAGUAAUUUAAGUGUAAAUUAUUUUACAAAUUAUUAUAAAAAAAAUGUAAAAUAAGGGUGGAAAUAAAUUUUCUUU